CAUAACCACGUCUGUUUACAAACAAGCGUUGUUUAAACCAGCGUUGGUUUACAUUACAAAACUGUGUAAUUGAAGUAGCUGUAUGUAGAUUAUUCGCAGUCUUAACAAGCAUUCAUUGCGGAUUGUUGUGUUCGUUAGAAAGCUCUCUCUCUCUCUCUCUCGACAUGGCUUGCUGCAAAGGCCCCGGAUAUGCCACGCCCAUGGACGCGUACAGGAACGGCGCCCGUGAGGAGAUUGUGUAUAUUCCGUGUAUUGUUCCGCCGAAAGAUCGGACCAAGAGAUGCGACUAUCUGGCCACAGUCGAUGUCAACCCAAAGUCGAAAACGUAUGGACAGGUCUUGCACAGAAUGUAUCUGCCGUAUAUCGGGGACGAGGUACACCACACCGGUUGGAACGCUUGUUCGAGUUGCCAUGACGACCCGUCCAAGUCACGCAACCGCUUGAUCAUGCCUUGCCUUGACAGCGAUCGAAUAUAUGUAGUGGACGUCGGCACGGACAAACUUGCACCAAGAAUACACAAGAUUGUUGAACCAGAAGAGCUGCACGAGAAGGCAAAAUGCGGCACGCCUCAUACCACACAUUGUCUCGCGAGCGGCGAGAUUAUGAUAAGUUGCAUGGGAGACGGUCAUAAAAACCCGAAAGGCAGUUUCGUAGUCUUGGAUGGCGAAACUUUCGAAGUGAAGGGUACCUGGGAGAAAGGAUGCGGCACCGAGUUUGGUUACGACUACUGGUACCAGCCUCAUCACAAUGUCAUGGUCAGCACUGGAUGGGGCAGUCCAAAGGCUUUCUUCUCAGGGUUUAAUCCAAAGGACGUUGAGGAAGGACGAUAUGGCCGCUCCCUCUACUUCUGGGACUGGCGUGAGCACCGACUGAUCCAGACCUUGGACCUGGGGCCCGAGGCGUGGAUGCCGCUAGAGAUCCGUUUCUUGCACGAGCCAACCGAGGCCCAAGGAUACGUCGGUUGUGCUUUAAGCUCAACCGUUUUCAGAUACUUCAAGACCGCAUCGGGCACCUGGAGCGCAGAAAAGGUAAUCGCCAUUCCCAACAAGAAGGUGGAGGGCUGGGCCCUCCCGGAAAUGCCGGGUCUUAUCACCGACGUUAUCCUAUCUCUGGAUGACCGCUUCUUGUACUUUUCCAACUGGGCGCACGGUGACGUUCGCCAGUACGAUAUCACCGAUAGGUGCAACCCGAAACUGGUUGGUCAGGUCUGGCUUGGUGGAAGUAUCUGUCGCGGCGAAGGCGUCCGGGUGACAGAGGACAAGGAGUUGAAGGAACAGCCGACGCGACCCCGAAUCAAGGGCAAGGAGAUUUCCGGCGCUCCCCAAAUGCUUCAGUUGAGUCUGGAUGGAAAACGUCUCUACGUGACCACUUCUCUUUUCUCCCCUUGGGAUAAGCAGUUCUACCCGGAUAUGUGCAAGAACGGCUCAAUGUUGUUGCUUGUCGAUGUCAACACUGAGAAGGGUGGACUUAAGCUCAACACUGACUUUGUCUGCGACUUCGGCCUUGAACCUGGUGGUCCCGUACUCGCGCAUGAGAUCCGCUACCCUGGAGGAGACUGCACCUCCGAUAUCUGGCUGACGGCUACAAGUCCAAAAUCAGGUUCAUCACCGAUUUCUAGAAUGUAGCCGUUAAAGUUCCUUGACGUUUAUUGGUGCAGUUUACACGCUUAACAACUACGUAUUGGUUAUUUGAUUCUCGAACACAUCUCAGACUUGGGUUUAAGACCGACACUUGACGUAGCUUUCUAGGUUACAUUACACUAAAUAAUUGAAUUCAUUUUCUCUUCUGGUUUAAAAGCGAUUCAGCGAUCGCGGCUAGGCCUUUCGUAAUUAUUACCUGCAUGCUAUAUGUGUCUCCAACAUUUUGGUUCAAUUAAAUAUGGAUUACGUUUAUAGAUGAACGUUUGGGAUGCGUUUUUUGAAGUACGUGGCUUCAAAAAAAUCCCUCCCGAAACUUUGUUUCCCGAGGGUGCUUGCCUUUGGGCGAAAUUUUCUUUAUUAGAAGUUGGGAGGCGCUAUAUUUUUGACUGCUAUUAUUGGUAGAAGACAUAUUUAUCUUAAGAGAUGAUAAAAGUCUUUCAUAUGAUAGACAAGAAAAAUGCUUUUUUUAAUUUGGCGUUUUAAAAUGGGAACCUAUGGGAAUCGGAAUUAGUGUAAUCCAACCUUCUACUGUUAAGUUGAAAUACGCUCAAAAGGGCAUUAGAACAAGAAUAUAUGAUCGUAUUAGUUUUUAAAAACAAAUAUUAGGGUAUUGGAGAAAAUACUGUUAUCCACGUAAUAAAGAAAUUUUUGCUAGAACAUCAAUUUCGGUUGUUGAACAAAAGUUUGAUAUACCUGAAUUUUGUUUUUAACAACAGUAACACAAACUCAUUCAUGUACGAAAUUCAUGUAUACUAUCGGUCAUUUGCCAUAUGUACGUGCAGAUUUGUUAAUAGGACUUACAUUCAAUUUUAGUUCCUGCAACACAUUCGAGCAAACAUGUUAGUAUCGGCGUAAACUUUUCCGUAAUGAAUUGUAUUGGUAUAAAUACCAUUUUAUGUGCGGUACCAUUACAAAAUUAUAAGUAAAUACAUUUAAUAUAACAUUACUCGUACAUAUUCAUGUGUUGUUUGAAGGUUGCAAAAAAUAUAAUGGUGAUUUUAAAAUCGUAUAUUCUCGCUUUAAAUACACGCCGUACAUCUUAUGUUUUUACUUUUUGGUCGCAUAUACGGCAAAGGGCCCCUUAAUGAACCAACGAUACGUAGAAUUUGCACGUACAUUUUUAAAUGUAUUACUUAGUGAUACAUAUUUUUUCUUCAAAGUGCAAUUACAUUCAAUGCUAAAAAACAAUGUAGGUAUGUUGAAUAUGAUCAUUUAAACAAAUUGUGUUCUUUAGCAGUGCGUGAAAAAUAGAACUACAGUUUGAACAACUUCCGUUUUGUGUUGAUAAGACAUUUAAAGGUUCCUUGCGUCUAUGGGCCAUUAUUAAAACUAUGUAUAUAUGUAUACACGGUAUUGUUAUUGUGUAUUUAAUUAAAUAUUGUUCUGCUUAUAUAUGCAUUUGUUUUAUUCAAAUUUCUCCAUACUAACUAUCGUGUCAAAAUACCAUGUUCAUGGUUCUUUUUUUUAAUUAAUAGAAACGGACUAAAGUUUCAA